AAAACAAACUACUUAAAAAUAAAACAAAAGUCGGCGUCAGCAACGAAAAAUAUCUGCAUAAAUUUCAAUGAUUAUCUAAUUCACUAAUCCUCGCCAACAAAAGCGAAGUGGAAUCAUUUAUAUAUCAUUCUCAUACUGUUUAUUCGCGUAUAUCGGUGAACGUCCGUUAUUUGUCUUGAGCUCGAACUAAAAAAGCGAUCGCUUACCGUUCAGGAUACACACACAAACAACUUUCCAAUAGAGAAGGUUACUGGCUUCAAGACAAAAAAAAGACCGUGCCGGUAAUUGUUAUCGCACGGUUGAAAAGACUCUUUUCUAGCUCACCUAAUGACAUCAGAAUUUUUUGUUCCGAUCAGUUAAUAAGCCCUAUGCCGGCCCUUUACACAACAGUUUAGCUCACAAGGGAAUCAUCUUGUUGGCUUUUAAUUGGCUAGUGGCUUUCUCAUUAUCAACAGACAGCCAGCUUGUCCAAAUCCUACUUGAAUGAGUCUUUUGCAUAACAGAGAUUGUCAAGUGGCUGAUUCGAAGCUCCUUAAUCGCUUCAUUUCCUAACGAGACGAUCUUGUUGUUUUGCAAUGUGGGAGUCCGUGUCUGGCAAAAGCAUUUUUCACGCAAACCUCUGAGAGAAGUUUAUCCUCGCUAUGGAUCCCGUGACAUCCUUGAAAAUUAUUGUCUUUCCGAGCCUCGAAGACAAGAUUUUUGUUGGGGACAAGAAAGGGUUUUACCCGGCGUCCUCAAAUGUCUUCAACAAACCGACAAAAUCCGGAGUGCUUCUCGACGACAGGCAAACAAGAAAUAGCGAGCGAACUGAAUCAAGAAUGCUAGCAGAAGAACGAAAGAAUUCUAAGAACAGGAGGCAGUUCAGCUGCCCGAAAAUCAUCGAUUUUAACACGCUGAAAUCGUUCCAAGAAAUUCGUCCCAUGCACAAACCAAGACGAAUCUUCAAUGGUUUCUUCCCUUCCCGGGUUAGAUCAACAACCACUGCUUUGGGCAAUGCUUACAAAGAAGAACAACAGGAAGUUACACUUGAAGAGCUCGUUCCCAAUCCUAACUCUCCACCUUGUCAAGACGGGGCAGUACUCUCUCGGACUGCGGCUUCAAGGAAUAGCAGUUUACGAUCCGAGCCGAUCACAUUACCGAGCGAAUCCGAGCCACGACUGUCGCCUCAGCUAAAAUCAAAACAAGACUCACGGAGGGUGGUGUACUCGUUGAGAAAUGGCUCUCCCUCACCCUGGGUGGACAGGUACAAACUAAAACAGAAGUCAAUUUCAGCGUCGACAUUUGUGGAAAUAAAGAACAAAGCAGGCACAGUUGAAGAGCCGCCUGUUCGAGGAAUUUCAAGAUAGCAAUUCAAUAUUUUGUCUUACCAAGACGGCUAUAGUAGGUUAUGUCAUAUUAAACUGAAGGUCUUCGCAGAAACUUUAAUUUAUUUGUCAGAAAUGAAUCGUUCUAUGACUUUGAAAAAAGUAAUAUAAUAAAUUUCGAAUGGACACUUUUUAUUAACAAUGUUCUGUUUUGAGACUUUACGUGUAGGUGUGUUUUCUUUCGAGGAUAGCUACUAACUUUCAAAAAAGAAAGGCUUUGUAUAUUUUAUAUUAGUAUCACCCAACUAGUGGACUAAUGCAAAU